CAAAGAAUAGUCAAGAAUCAUCGAUCGUAGCCAUGGAGAGGGCUUCUGCAAAUCCAGAGAAUCUCAACUCUUUGAGAGAGAAUGCAGUCGAAAUUAUUUGUGGGGCAUGUCAGGCAAUGAAAGGGAAAAGAAACAGAUGCUUGGGCUGUGAUUUUACUCCACCGGAGAAGAAAUCUGAGUUUGAGGAACUCAACCGUUCUUUUGAUGUUCGUGAAUUGAGACAAGUUUAUACUGAAUUCAAAGAAAAAGCAGAAGCUGAAAGAGAAUAUGCGAGACUUCUACGAAUUGCAAGAGCAGAACGAAGACACGCUCAAAGUAAAAAAAGCUAUAAAAGCUUGAAGAGAAAAAAUAAACAAUUGAAGCGUACAAUUGAGCAGAAUAAAGACUUCAUGAUUCGUCACUUGACAGAAGUAAAUAUGUACCUCCUUCGAGCCCUGGGAGGCAGUGGAACUGCAGCUGCGGGUGGAGGACUGAAGAAAGAACGGCAGCUGGGGGUGGUGCAGGGGUCCACGAAGAAGAAUUAACGGGAAUGGGUGUUAGAUUAAAUCGGAACGUGAAUGCAAGGAGACGACCUGGUUUUUCUAGAGGUCAAAGACCGAAUGAUGAUACUUCUUCUACGAGCAGAGCCAGAUCGGAUGAGGAGGAAAUGCUUGCUAUGGGACUUGGAAUUCGCGGACAAAAUUUGUAGAUCAACAUAAUGCAGAAAGAGAUUUAUCCAUUCUUUUCUAAAAGAAAAAAAAA